AUGGCGGAGGCGCAAGGCGACAAAACCCAAACCCUAGCUGAGCAAUACUCAUUGGAGAAACCUGAUUUAGCUACCAAACCUGUCGAAGUAAAAGUGGUUGAGAAUCCAGCGACUGAAGUUGUUCCUGAGAAAGCUGAGGAAACACCUGCUGCUGCAGAAGAAAGCUCAGAAGUUACACCAGCUGGCGAAGAAAGCAAUGAAGCCAGUCCUGCUGCUGCUGGCAUAGAAGCUACUGAAACCAAUCCUGCCACUGAAGCUGCUGCUGAAGAAAGCAGGGAUAGUACUGAAAACUCAGGUGAUCAAGAAGCAGCUGAAGAGACACCUGCAAUUAAGAUUGAGACGGCACCAGCAGAUUUCCGUUUCCCAACAACAAAUCAGACAAGGCAUUGCUUUACCCGAUAUGUAGAGUAUCAUCGGUGCGUAGCUGCGAAGGGGGAAGGUGCUCCAGAGUGUGACAAAUUUGCAAAGUUUUACCGUUCUCUUUGCCCUGGUGAAUGGAUUGAGAGAUGGAAUGAGCAGAGGGAGAACGGAACCUUUCCAGUAAUUAAUGAUGGUGAUAUGGCCAUUGCAUUGCCCAAGAAUGCUGUGGCGUGGUUGUGCAGGUUAAGGGUGUCAGUCGGGCACCCACGACCUUGGCAUCAUGGUAUCUACAACCACACCACCACUACCCGCGACAGCAUGGUGCUACUCCUUAGGGCGGGACGGUUCUACCAUCAGGUGGAUUGA